AUGGCAUCAAGGAAAGAGAUGCAGUUUGAAAAGUUAAUUGACGAAGCUAUAAGAAAAAAAGCUUUCCAGUCACUAGAACAAUUUCUGGCAACAGAAAACUGUGAAAAUGUAUCUUACAAAUGCAGCAAACAGUUUGUCAACAAAUUGGACAAGCUUCUCUGUCGGGAACUUGACAAACAAGAAUUCAGAAGCAUUUGCACUGUACUAAACUGUAUUCAAAAAUAUGGGAAAAACGUCAGCAUAGCAGGAGAAGAUGGGCUCCCAGCAAUGAUGAAAUUUGGUCUUAUCGGAAGGAUGGCUAAUUGGUUUGAAAAGGUAAAAGAAAUUGUCAUCCAUGGUGGAACUGAAAAGAACGAAGCGCUUAUAAAUCUGGCUGAGGAUUUCUUCAGUGUGUUGCUGGCUAUAUGUGAUAGCGGACUUGAAGGUAGAAUGCAAAUACUAGAAAACUUUGUUCUGAGAACAUGUAUCCUUAUCGCUGAUGUGAGAGUUAGUGUUUAUGUUCAGCAGGAGGUAGUAAGAAAACUUAAUUUAAUGCUUGACAACACACCUCGAGAUGCCAGGAAAAAGAUAUUUUCUACAAAGGAAAUGUUGCUUGCCAUGAGUGACAUGGGAGAAAGAAUUUUGGAUGCUGGAGACUAUGACCUGCAGGUAGCCAUUACAGAAGCUUUAUGCAGAAUGGUAUCGCAGAAACAGAGAGAACAACUGGCAUGCCAGUGGUUUUCCAUGGAAUUCGUGUCCAAUGCAUUUAAAGGGAUUAAAGAUUCUGAGUUUGAAACAGAUUGCAGGAAAUUCCUUAACCAAGUGAAUGGCAUGCUUGGAGACAAAAGAAGGGUUUACACAUAUCCUUGUCUAUCAGCAGCUCUUGAUAACUAUGAGCUACAGAUACCAAUGGAUGAUAAUCUUGAAGAAUUUUGGGUUGAUUUCAAUGUUGGUAGCAGAAGUAUAUCUUUCUAUGUGGCAGCAGAUGAUGCAGAACAUCAGUGGGAAACAGUCAUUAUACCAGAAGAAGAGGUAGACCUCUAUACCCUUGAAGAAAAAGAUUCAAGGAAGUUAUUAACAAUAGAUCUAAAAAACCCAAUGAAUGUGGGUAAUCAAGAAGGACUGAAAUUUUUUUUGUAUUUUGAUUCUAUCUUGGAAAUCAAAGAUGUAACCAGAAAGACAUAUGGAUUUAGUAAAUGUAAGGGCUUUAGUAAGAAGCACUCUGCAUCUGUUGCCAAAACAACUGUGCAUGUCAUCUUUGAUGAAAGUGGAUCACAGCUUCUGGUACCAGAAAGCCAGUUGUCACCAUGUUUGGAAGAAAAAUCUGAAGGGGAGAAACUCAGUAAGUGCAAAACCCAGCAACUUCCUGUAACUUCAAGGACUCGGAAUAAAAGUAACGGUCGAGAAAAAAGCAAGGAUGAUUGCUCCAAGAUAACUGCAUCUUGUAAAAGGAAGGUGUCAGAAGCAUCUGUGCUUGUUCCUGGAAUUGCAAGAUUUCCUACAAGGAGUCCACUAGUAUUUGGUAGCACAUCCACUCCUUGUAAAGGACGAUUUAAGUUGCCUCUGGAAAUGAUGAGCUCUGCUGAAAGGUCGAAUGAUAUUGCAAUAAAUGAGACCAGAACAAAUAACUUUUAUCGGGAAUCUACUGGAUCAUGUGCUGAAAAAGCUGUAGAAAUUAUGCAAGAGGCACAAAUUGAGGCUGUACAAAAGCAAACUUCAGGUGAAGCGUUAGAUUUUGUUCCUGAUUCUCAGCCACUGGGGAGAAGCAACAAAUCUUUGCCAUCUGAUCUUCUGGAGAGUUCUUUGGAUAAAAUCAAAACAUGGAAAAAAAGAGCAUGCUCUGUUCCUGAGAAGAACAUAACAGCUGGUGAUACGAAAAAGCUAAAUCCAUCGCUGGCACAUACAUCCCAACUAGCUAUAAUGUCUGAAACAUCUUUGCAUUAUGAUUUCACAAAUGAGGAAUCUGAUGUUCUAUUUAAAAAAGAGACUGAAAAUGCAAUACCAUCAAAGACUAAACCAAAGUCUAAAGAAAUGAUGGAUGCAACAAAAUCACUCAUAAGUAAAAUCAGUGACAGAUACAAACUAAAUGCUGAUAACAAAAGCAAAGCAAGAGACUCUUUGAGUUUUAACAGGCCACAUUUAAAUAAAUCCUGUGUCUUCAAGGACGAACUUCAGGCUAGGAGCCUGAGGACCAUUCCUGCUGUUAAUACAACUGCUAGUCAUAUAACGGAUGAUGUCUACAACUUUAACAUCUGUGGGUUUGAUGAGCCUACAAUAAAGCUUGACGUCCAAGAACUGAGUGUUACUGAACUGAGUGUUCGUACAGAUCCAGCCGAAAAAGGGAAUGCGGAUGACAGUAAAACUACCACCGAAGUCACAGGAAGAAAAAAAACUAGAAACAAUCAAAACAAGAAACAUCUCUUCAGUGACACAGACACAGAAUACAGAGAUGAUGGCAGCAAGACAGAAGUUAGUUGGCUAAUAGAAUCAAAUAGAAAAUCUAAAGACCGAAUAAUUGAUUACAGUAAAAAUAAGAAUUUGUGGAAACCGAAGAGCCCAGACAAAACAGAUAAAUCCUAUGAACCUGCCUGCCACAUGGAGAAACCUAAAGGCAAAAAUGCAAAUAAGAAAAAGAUAAAUGAAUGUAAAAAGCAGAAUGCGAGAACUGAUGGAAUGGCAGAACAAAGCACCAGAAAAAAACUACCUCGAAGAGCAGCAUUAGCAAAAAAUUACAAAGAGCCUUCCAGCUCAGAGUCAGACAGUGAAAAUGAAUCUCCAGUGUGUACCCCUAAGGAGGAGAAACCAAAAAUACAGAAGCAUAUGAGUGGUAAAAACAAGGAUGAUAACCAGCAAAAGAAACUCCAGAGUACUCUGUAUUUGGAGCCAAAGGCAGGAGCUUGCUAUGUACAAAAGGCAUUUAUUAAAUCAAAGAAUUCUACAGAACUAAAGGAAACUGAAAUUCCUUCAUUUGAGUGUCCUGCGUCUCCUGAGACAAUGAGAUGUGCUGAAAGAGUAUCAGAAGGAGAUGUUACUCAAGAGCAUGCUUACAGUGAUAGAUCACCUAGUCUGCAGGAGUCAACACCAGAACAAAGGGAAACGUUAAGCUUUGAGAAGAAAAUCUCUCCCAAAAAUCUCUUUCCCCCAAAAAAGGAUAUUCAAAGUGUAUGUUUAAAUCAGUCCCCCGAGGCAACUGUUAAAAAGUUAACAUUUGGAAAUAAAAAUUUCUCACCGGUUUUAACCGAAGCAUCUUUGAUCCACUUAACAACAUGUAAAAUUGUCAAUGGAAAACAGGCAAAGGGAUCUGUAUCUGAACCACAUGAUGAUAAUGAAGAUUUAAGUUUCAGCCAUUGCUUUUCAGACACACUUUCUAUUAAAGGAAAGCAACAAGAUAUCACUAGACCUAUCACCAAAAGUAAAGAUGAGGAUUGUGUAACACCAGCUCCAUCUCUUUCCAGUGGAAGUAAAGCACAGUCUUGGAAUGAAGAACCUCAUGGUCCCGUACAUAAGACAGGACCAACUGUACAGAAAUUUUCCAAACGAAGGUACCACAGUGGUACAGAAAGCAAUUCUGAUGAAGGAGAAGAAAGCAGUGAGGAGGAGGAGAAGAAAGGAAAGAGAAGACCAAAGUUACAGCCUAGAAAAUUAUUUAAAACAGCUGAUUCUGGUACUUACAAAGUGUCUGAAAGCAUAUCUACUGUCUCUCUAAAUGAUCUGGCUGUUUCGGAUGGGGAAAGCUGGGAACCCAAUUGUUUAACUAUCAGCAUAUGCCAGAAGCUCCAAAAAGAAUUUACUAAGAAGAUUGAGAGGCGCUCACAGAAAAUGGAUCAUUUUACCAAGCAAUCAUUAAGAGCUGUCCAUGAGCAUUUGGCAACAAUGAGUUACCAGCUUCAUGAAUGCAGGAUCAGGCAGAUGGAGAAAUUUCAUUUUGCUCUUCUUGAGGAACUUGAGAAUUUUGAAAAAGAUUCUCAGUCCCUGAAAAGCUUGGAAAAAGAAUUCUCGAUCUUUUGGAAAAAACAUACACAGACUUUUAGUACAUACAGGAAAAAUGAGCAACAAAGAGUCCAGAUUCUUAGAACUUCAUUUGAAAAAAGUAUCUACCAUACAUCUGACCAUGAAGAACAUAUUUUUACUUCAGAGAUGCAUCUAAUGAAAGAAGACAUAAAAGGACUCCAAGAAAAACUUCUUCGAGAAAUGCAAGAAGAGGAACUGUGUAAUGUUCGCAGAGCAUUGCAGACAAUAUUUCAGUCAGAAGACAGAAUUCCGAAGUAA